GCGGGCGCGGGGGCGGGGGCCGGCCCGCAGCGGAGGGCAGGGCGGGCGGUGCCUCCCCCCGGGGCCCGCAGGCUGCCUGCCCGGCGCGGUCCCGGCGGGGGCGGUGCGGGGCCCCUCCUGCCCGGGCUGCUGGGAGUUGUGGUUCCGCGGGCGGCGAGCGGAGAAGCGCGGAGAGGAGCGGAGCGGCGCGGAGAGGAGAGGCGGCCCCGCACGGCCCGGCCCGGGCAGCAGCAGAGCCUCCCUCCAGCGCUGCCUUUCAGGAUGACCAGCCCAGGAGCACCAGCGGGGACCCUCCGGGCACGUCGCUGCUGACCCACGGUACUGGGACCCCCGGGCAGCCUGGCCGCCCGCCUCCCCGGGAGCUGCCGGCCGCUGCUGCCAAUGCAGAGCUCCCGGGUGUGCAGGGGAGAGCCGCAGCUCCGCUUCCCCAUGGCAGCCCCUUCCCCCCGUGCCCCGGCCCAGCUGCAUGGUGUGGGUGCCCCUGAGGACCACGAGGACUGACCGCCGGGCCCCCCUGCGCGCACCCACCACCCGCUGCACCACCAUGUCUUUGGAGUGGCUGAUGGACUGGAGCUGGUCCCUGGACGGACUCCGGGAUUUCAUCGCCACUGGCAUCCAGUCUUUCCGGGACUGCGACGCCACCGCCCUGGCCGCCGUCGCUUGCCUCCUGGUCCUCUUCGUGUGGUACUGCUACCACGUGGGCCGGGAGCAGCCCCGCGCCUACGCCACCGUCAACGCCCUGAUGCAGAGCGCCGAGGCCAACGGCGUGCAGAACGGGUACGUCUACUGCCACUCGCCCGAGUGCGUGCGCUGCACGCACCACGACGGGCUCAACCAGAAACUCUACCACAACCUCCAGGAAUACGCCAAGCGCUACUCCUGGUCGGGCAUGGGCAGGAUCCACAAAGGCAUCCGCGAGCAGGGCCGCUACCUCAACAGCCGGCCCUCCAUCCAGAAGCCAGAAGUCUUCUUCUUGCCGGACUUGCCGACCAUGCCCUAUUUCUCCCGGGACGCUCAAAAGCAUGACGUGGAGUUGCUGGAGCGCAACUUCCAGACCAUCCUGUGCGAGUUUGAGACCCUCUACAAAGCUUUCUCAAACUGCAGCCUCCCGCAAGGAUGGAAAAUGAACAGCACGCCCAGCGGGGAGUGGUUCACCUUCUACCUGGUGAACCAGGGCAUGUGCGUGCCCAGGAACUGCAGGAGAUGCCCACGGACGUACCGCUUGCUCGGGAGCCUUCGCACCUGCAUUGGCAACAACGUCUUUGGGAACGCGUGCAUCUCCGUGCUGAGCCCGGGCACCGUCAUCGCCGAGCACUACGGACCCACCAACAUCCGCAUCCGCUGCCAUCUAGGUCUGAAGACGCCCAGCAACUGCGAGCUGGUGGUGGGGGGCGAGCCUCAGUGCUGGGCUGAGGGCCGCUGCCUGCUCUUCGACGAUUCCUUCCUGCACACGGCGUUCCACGAAGGUCCCCCCGAGGAGGGUCCCCGCGUGGUUUUCAUGGUGGACCUGUGGCACCCCAACGUCGCCGCCGCGGAGCGCCAAGCCCUCGACUUUAUUUUCGCCCCGGGACGAUGACGGCGCUGCCCGGUGUCGUGGGUUCGAGGGCAGCCGGCGGGCGGGCGGCCGUGCCGGCUCGGCUCCGCCGCGGGUCCAGCACCGCAGCGGAGGCUUCCUCCCAGCCCCCGGCCGCGGGGUCUCCUCCCUCCCGGGGGUUCUUGUAAAUGGAAACUGCGACGUGUAUCAACGCCCAUCUCUUUCCUUCCAUCGUUGGCUUCAGGGAUUAUUUUCCAACAUGACAGCGCAUCGCCUUCCCUCCGUGGUUAGCUGCAGCACCACUCUCGUACGUGUUAUGUUGCUACUGUGUUUUGCGGUGUUCCGAAGUAGAGUAACAAAACCAAGGGUGUUCGUUUGAAUGUAAUAAUGUAAAACUUGUCGUGGUCAUCACAAAGAACAACAACAUACACACACACACACACACACCAAAACAGCAAACCAGCCAAACAGCCCAGUGCUGCGCACAGCCUGCCCCUGUCCUGGUUGCAGUCCCUGGAUGGAUGGACGGACAGACGGAUGCUGCAGCGGGCACAGUGCACGCCCCUAGGCUGAGGCAGGCAGGGCAAUGCUCUGCCAGCAGUGAGCUCUCGCACCACGAGCCCAGGGGCUCCCGUUUCCUCCCUCGCAUGCCAGCAGGGCCCCAGCCCGGGGGUCCCCAACCCUCCUGCCCCCAGAAAUCUUUUUGCCCCCCGGGCAGGGAGCAGAGCACGGCGCCGGCUCCCCGGCCCCCCUCGCAGCUGCGGGUGCCUCCAGCCCCAGCAAGCCCAGGAGCACCCUGACAUGCACCCGGUCGAGGGGACAACACACCUCAAGCCCUGCUUUUUCACCUGACCGAGGGCAUUAGCAAUUGCCUAAAUCCCCUCCUUGCUUUAUCUGCAACCUUCGGUUUUUGCAGCUCAAGCUGCAGGGGCAGGGACACUGGGAAGGCAGAGCUUUUGUUUGUCCCUAGACAAAGGCCAGGGAAGAAAGGAGGUCAGCUUCCUUCUGCUGCUCCAUCUUCUUCUUUCCUUGAACCAGGGCAAGCAUACAGAGAGGCAGCUCACAUACUUGAUAGCAACAGAAAGGUUUCCAAAGGCGAGGGGUGUUUAAUUCUGCAGCCCAAGGAACAAGCCCUCCAUCCCCCGGGACUCCUGCCCACCCAGCAACCAACACGCUUCUCCUGAAGUCUCCCAGCACCCGGGGUUUUCUCUGGGGGGUUCCGGGGUGCAGAGCUGCCGUGUGAUUUAUAACGUGUCGUGGCCGCUCUCCAUGUGCCUCUGGCCGGGAAGCGGCUGCGCCGGGCUCGGUGGCCUCGGCACAGCUCUGGGGACCGCUCACCUCCACGCCCUGCCCGGGAGGGAACGCAGCCCCCUCCCCUACGGUUUCUUUACAGAGUUUUCAGUGAUUAGAUUGCAAUCUAAGGCAGAGAUUUCAAAUACAUCCGAGAUAUUUUUUACACCUGUCUUGAUACAGAAUAUCUGAAGUGCAUGAUUUCUACACGCAUUGACUACCUGGAACCAGACCCUGAGGAAGCAGGCUGGCUUGGUAACUGUCUUACAGUUUGGUAACAUUCAUACAGUGGAAAAGCAAAGAUUAAUCAAUAAACAGUCGUGCUGAAAACA